GGUGAGGAGUCUGGAGACGAGGCGCUUUUUGGGGUACAGGGGGUCCCUCUGGGAUGUGGAUGUGCCGGGGGCUCCCUGAUGCUGGGGGAGUGGCUGGGGGGGCACCCACAUCCCUCUUUUCCAUGCUGGGGGGAGACAGGAUGGGACUGGGACAGUGGGUGACCCCCAGCAGUAGGUUUUUGGCUGGGAAGGACGGGACAGGGAUGGUCCCUCAGCAGAUGCCUUAUGCAGUGCAGGUGGGAGACGAGGCUGAGACAAGGCUCCUAAAUCCCCUCUUUCUGCUGCGUGGACCCCCAGGCUGUGCUGGGGAGGGUUUGGCUGAUGAGAUUUCAAACCCUGCGGGUGUUGCACGAGGGAAGGAGAAGGGGCAAGGCUUGGCAGCGGGGAGCCACAGCAGCAACUCAACCUCCUGUCUUUGGGGGAGUGUUUUGUGCUUCUCCUUCCCAGAUCAGGCAAUCAUGGCUCUCUACAACAAUGGGGCUGACGUGCCUUCGCCCCAGGAAGCCUCCAACGGCUUCCCCCAGCCCGGUGCCUCGGGAACGUGGCACAAGGGCGAGGAGGAGGUGCGGCUGGUGGAGCCCAGCAUGGUGAAGAAGGCUCACCGGGAAAUCCUGGACCAUGAGCGCAAGCGGCGGGUGGAGCUGAAGUGCAUGGAGCUGCAGGAGAUGAUGGAGGAGCAGGGGUACUCUGAAGAGGAGAUCCGACAGAAAGUGGGGACCUUUCGGCAAAUGCUGAUGGAGAAGGAGGGUGUGCUCACCAGGGAGGACCAGCACGGGCGCCAAAUUGUGAUAGAAAACCACCACGGGGCGGAUGGGGAGGAGUAUGAGGUGGAGUACCCUGACUAUGGAGAGGGCUGCCUGCUGCAGUGCGACUGCUCGGCCGAGUGCUACCGCGAGGACAGCGGCCACCGCGAGUACAGGUUGAAAAGACGCUCAAGCAGCUCCACCUCUCCUCCACCCAAGAAGAAAAAGAAGAAGAAAUCAGGUCACCGCCGGAGCCGCAAAAAGAGGAAACCCGGCUCAGAGCGCAGCUGUGACAGCUCUUCACCCAUCCGCAAGGAGAAGAAAAAGAAGACUGGAAAGAAACACAGACGUGACAGGUCUGAGUCGGGGUCACGAAAAAAGAGAAGACACAGGUCCCGAAGCCCCAAGAACAAACGGAAAGAGAAAAACAAAGAGCGCAAGAGGUCCCGCAGCGAGUCCCCGGCCUGGCGCUCGCACCGCCGCAGCUCCUGCAGCUCCCACAGCGCCUCGCUCUCCUCCGACGACAGCGGCUCUAAAUCCCCGGGCAGGCUGAGCCCCAAGCGCCGGCAGGAUGGCCCCAAGGGCAGCAGCGCCCGCUCCAGCCGCAGCCCGUCCUCGCCCUCGCCGCAGCGCUCGGCCUCGCCGCACCAGAACGGGCACAAGGGCAGCGCCCAGAACGGCCGCCACAGCCACGGCGCCCCGCUCCCGGAGCCCUCGGAUAUUAUUGUUUUCUUUUUUUAUUAUUGCAUUCCUGUCACUGCCAAUUCCAAAGGAGGAAAUGCCACUUUUUUGAGGCCGGCCUCGGCGUCCCCCUCUCCGCGGGCUCACGGCAGGACGGAGCCGCCGUCCCCCCGCCCCCGGGGGGGCCGACACGGCGCCCGCAGCCCCCGCUCGCCCACGCCGGAGCGGGCCAAGCACGGCCACCGGCACCGCUCCCGCAGUGCCUCGCCGCCGCCCCGACACCGCGGCCAGAGCAAGGGCCGGCCCCCGGCCCCCCGGGAGCCGCCGCCGCCGCCGCUCAGCCCCGCCGGCUACAGCAGCGACUCGGAGGGCUCGGCCGGCUCGCACCCCUACCACCCGCCGGCCGGCCCCGACAGGAACCACGGCGCGCACGGCAAGAAGGUGAAGGAGCGGCACCACCGGGGCCGGCCCAACAGCAGCUCGGAGUCGUCAGCCAAGCACUCCCGGCACGCCUCGGAGCGCAGGAAGAGCCCGUCCCCCAGCCCGGGCCAGCGCAGCAGCUCCUGGAGCUCCAGCGGCUCCCUCUCCAAGUCCCGCUCCCGCUCCCGGGACAAGAGAGCAGGACGCAGCCGCUCCCGCUCGCCCUCGCCGAAAAAGCCAGCCAGCAGAGAGAAGGACAACGAGCCCCGAACACGGCACGGUGAUCCCGAUCCCGCCCGCCCCCGGCGCCGCUCCCGGAGCUACUCCCCCAUCAGGAAGAGGAGACGCGACUCGCCCAGCUUCAUGGAGCCCAGGAGGAUCACCAGCGCCCGCAAGCGUCCCAUCCCCUACUACCGGCCCAGCCCCUCGUCCUCCAGCUCGCUGAGCACCUACUCGUACAGCCGGAGCCGCAGCCGCAGCUACGACAGCUACAGCUCCAGCCGCAGCCGCAGCCGGACUCGCAGCCCCCCCAGCCGCUCCCGCAGCCCCAGCCGCAGCCCCAGCUACAACAGCCGCAGCAGCUCGGAGAGCGCCGGCUUCUGAGCCCCCCCGGCCCCCGGCCGCAGCCCCCCGAGAGCCCAGCCGUGCCCCCUCCGUGCCACCGGCGCCCCCAGGAGGGACGGGACCGGCGGGCAGGCGGAAAGGAGCCGGGGGAUGCCAAGGACGGACCUGGCAGCGGGGGAAAGC